GGGGGAGAAAGAGAGGGGGAGAGGGACAGAGGAAGCCAGCAAAACUAAAGGCAUCCGGGCAUUAAAACUUCUCAGCCCCAUGCUUCAGAGAAAAAGGGGUCAGAGUCUGAUUUCAAAGCACAAGAGGAUCAAAGCAGACUCAGGGUAAAGCCUUAAGCAUGCACAGACAAGGGCCAGCCACACGCGCCAAGAAGCCGGCCCGAUGCGGACACGGAGGCCCCAGCAGCUCGGUAGCCACGGCUGAGAAGGUACGCACAGCACCCUCCCGGGCACCUCUGAGCACUUCCUGCGGCGGUUACAGUCACUGUGACUUCGCGGGACAACUGGACCGGCACUAGCCCCAGCCCCCUCCUCUGCCACACCACCCUGCAGCUGGGGGGGGGGGGCGGUCCGCGAGCACCUGUUUUCCAGAGACCUGUCCCGGGCUUCCAGUGGAUUUUCCAAGGGCUCUGUGACCAAGAACCACUACUUUCAGAAGAGCCCAGGCCUGUGUUCCUGUGGUGCCCAGAGCGGCCGGGCCGAGCAUCAUGACGUCCGCCUUGGAAAACUACAUCAACCGAACUGUUGCAGUUAUAACUUCUGACGGAAGAAUGAUUGUGGCAACACUGAAAGGGUUUGACCAGAUCAUUCAUUUAAUUUUGGAUGAAAGCCAUGAACGAGUGUUCAGCUCUUCACAGGGAGGAGAACAAGUGGUGCUGGGGUUAUACAUCGUAAGAGGUGACAGUGUUGCAGUCACUGGAGAAAUUGAUGAAGAGACAGAUUCUGCGCUUGAUUUGGGGAAUAUUCGAGCAGAACCUCUAAACUCUGUAGCACACUGAGGAAAAAUUACAUAAUUGGACAUCUGUAAAUCUUGUAUAGAAACUGAUUAUUCUGAGGAUGAUGUAUGGAAUUUUUAUGAAUGUGUAAUUGUAGACUUUGACUCCAUAUUGAUUCAUUGUAAUAUGAUAUGUAAAUUAAAAUAUUUCUACAUUUCCUUGGGAAAAAAAAAAAAAGAGCCCAUAUGCUGCCCUCUUCUCUCUACUUUUUUGUAUGUGUGAGGUUUCCCGCAGCUGAAAACGUUUUCUUUGAGAAGAAUCCCUGCAAUCUAGGAAGAAGAUGCUGUCAGAGGUGACUGUCCACGCCUACAGCAGCAGGCAAGUCCAGAG